AGCUUCGUCAAUCCAUAAUAUCAUAAAUACACAUCCACUACAACUUACACACGCACACACACCUUCGUCAAUCUCAACCAACUUAGACUAGCUACCUAAACAACAACCUCAUCCAUCCAAAACAAUAAAAACUAUCUACACUAUGUCGCUAUCCAAACCCGUACAACACUGUCCAUCAAACUGCAGAGGCUGCGCAACCUUCGCAGCAUUCGGCGGCACUAAUUUUCCUCCUCAACUACCUGGUUCGCCACUAGCUAAGUGCUUCGAGUAUGCUCUGGAAGCAGGUAUUAUAGGCACGUCUUCGAAUUCGGCUUCGAAUGAGGGUUUGCUACCUGCGCCUUUAUUUGUACCGCCUAAGUCGGCGAAACGUGCGGUUGGUAGGUUGCUUGCUUCUGCUCCUUCUGCUGCAGAUUUCAUGGAGGAAUUUCAGAGACAGAUCGUGGCGGCAGAAGCGCAGGUGGAUGGAUAUGAGAAAAUACUAGAGGGGAUUGUUUCCGAGCAACUAUUGCAGCAACGAAGAGCUGAGUAUGCGACGAGAUUAAAAACACCACAUAUUAAUCAUGCGACGAAACCGGAACAAAAGUUUGCUAACACUGCUUCAUCUACUUCAUCUGCUUCAUCUUCAUCCGAGACGAAUCUAUAUGAGGUUAAAAAUUGUAGUUUUCCUCUUGGUCAUACGUAUAUGCCGCCGGGUGUUCUUCCGCUUGUCAAUGAUCCCCUUUUCACAGUCACGACACAUGGAGAUCGAUGCGCGACGACGUUUGUGGGCUUGUAUGCGAUGCGCAUGUAUGAUGCGUUUCGAGCUUCGGGGGUGGAUACGCGUGUCAAUGAAGUAAGAGGAGAAUGGGAAAAAGUGGGAGUGAAGCGUUGGAUGUGUAGUUUGGGGAUGGAUAAGGAUAUGUCUAAGGUGAAGACGAUAUUGGGUAGGAGAAGAGAUGCUGUGGUGGCGGCGGAGAAAGAAAAUAUCGGUACGUAUAAAUUGUUGAAGGAUUAUGAGAGGAUGAGUAGGGCGGUGGAGAGCAGGGUGGAUAUGGAGAUUGCGUUCCGGAAUGUUGAGCAGCUCGUUAUUGAUAGCCAGGAGGAAGAGGAGAGCCGUCAGCCGUUGAUGGAUGGACCGCUGAAUGACGAGGCUAUGCACAGGUUGAUUCAAGAAGUUCUCGAUCUCGAAUUCAGCCCUGUCGAUUGGGACGGCCCGGACUGGAUUGGAGGUGCAGCGAGCAUUUUCUAUCUACCACCGCGACAACGGCCAUGGUGGGGUUCUGACAUUAAUAGCGUUGUCACCAACGAUUCAAGUGAUGAGACACCGUGUACAACAUAUGUUCGAUUGGCACCUCCAAAGCCGAUGGGUUUUAGCUGGUACCAUAGACGUAACGAAGAGGAAAGAGACAGAGCGAAAUAUGAAUGGCCACAACAAGUUAGAUGGACAAUGAGUGAUGGGGUGAUUCUGGAAUUUUCAAUGGACCAAGUCUAUGGCAAUCUGACUCAUAAAUUCUCCGUGAUCAGGAAGCACCUCGUAGAACAAAAGGCUGCCGCAGAUAAUACUUUGAUGGCCAUUUGGUCAUCAUGGCAAAACAUAGCGAAGGGGAUGAAUAUUUUUGAAUGGUUUUGGGACGAAGAAAAACGCAUAUUGGUGAAGGGCUAUAGCGGACACAAUGAUUAUGAGAAAGAUUGCAAUUGGAUUGAUGCGGAGUUGGAUAACUGGAAAGGGAGUGUAGAGGAAUGGUUGGAGGCCAGAAAUGGAGUUGUGAAUGCUAGCAACCUUACUAAGGAAGAACUUCGACAUACUAUGAUUGGCGAUCAUCUUUUGAGGCAAUGGAAAGAAGGACCCGGAAUCAUGGUUUCAAAAACUCCAAGCAAUGAAAAGGUCGAGGGAAGUCUUCUAUGUGCUCAUACCACUGAUAGCGCUUCGCAUAUCAACUAUCUCACUGCCCGCAUUGCCGAUGCAACUAGACAGCGAGCGAAGCUUGAGAGAGACUGGUCUUUUGAGACUGCGACUGAGGAUGACUAUCGGGCUAUGAAAGAGUUGAUUGAACACACAGAAAUGUUGGAGACCUUAAAAUUCGAGAUAAGAGAGCAAGAAAUCUUCGAGAAGAGACUCCGCAAAGUCCGAUCUUCAAGGACAAAAAUACGAGAAGGGAGCUGAGCUUGUGGGAAAGAGAUUGCCAAGGAGAAAUGCGUUUAUGGGAGAGGAAACCGAGAAUAUGGGAGCGAUGGCCAGGGCCUAAGUUCCCGGAAGUCGAGAGGAUCUUAGACAGUGGAUACAACUGACUUAAUGGAGGAGAUGUGCAGCUAUAGUCCUGCAUGAAUCUUGAAUUGAACAGGUGAUCGGAGAGGUUUUUGGGUGUAUGAGUGGAACGCUUUGAUCAUUUUAUCGUUUUGUUCUGAGCAUUCUAUUCUUUGAGUUGGUCAUAUAUGUUGACUUACAUAGGUACCGGUGUAAUGAAUAUGAAUAUUCUUUGUGUAUAAUCUUCCUUCUUUGCCAUGCUUUCAAUAAGUAGGAUUGCCUGUUUGUUUUGGAUAAUACCUUCUCGUAAGCUAUACUUACAUGUAGGCCUCACAUAGGGAACCGUCGUAGUGAAUAUGAAAUGUUCGCCGAGCAUGGUGUUUCUUCCCUUUGUGUUCUUUUGAUAGGUAACCUUAGGGCUGAUCGAUUGCUUCUUUGUCUUGGAGAUAUCAGAAUUGGACUAGUUACAAUUAUACAUACACUUUAUAUAGAUUGGCUUUUAGGCGUGGGCAUUCUUUCCCGGAUUCCCUGGAUUCCCU